CGUCAUCUUGCAGUUGGAUUGAGAUAAAGAAGACUAAAUUAGGUAUGUUAUUUAAUUUUACUUUUAUUUUAUCUCAUGCAGCAAUUUUUAGUAUGUAGGCUACGUCGGGUUUAACAUUUUCUUUUGGAUCAUUUCAGGUCAAUUUCAAGAUUUUUUCAUUUCGUUUGCUGUUCGAGUCAGGUAUCAUUAAUGAUAUUGAUAAUAUAAUGUCUAUUUAUCGCAUUGCAUGUAUAAUUUGAUUCAAACUCUAAAAUGUUUUCUUUAAAAACGUCUCCAAUUUUCAGAUUUCUCGGCCGUUGGACUGAGAUAAAAACCAAUUAUGAAAGCAGGUCAGUGGUUUUUGUUUUCUAAUUUCAUUGCAAUAUUUCACAAGUUGUAUAAAAAGUUCGUCGUAAAGGUUCUAGAGACUUUUCCGUUACACUUACACUUUUGAAGCAUUUUCAGUUCACGCAUUCUUAAAACUUAUUCAUGGUUCACAAAGCGCCCUAGAUUUUGUUCUUUAUAGUGUUUAAUAGAUGUGUGAUCAGCUGUAUAGUGUUUUCGCUGCUGUUUAGUACAUCAAAAUAUCCAUUUGUGCAAUCACUCGUCUUCGAAAGCUAAUAAACUUUUCAUUAAAUUGCACGGUUUUAGCCCUUAUAUUUGUAUAGACGGUCACUCAACCAGUGCUUAUACGUUAUUUAGGCUAAAAAAGCGGAGUUCUCGUUUCGAAUUUUAAUUUUGAAAUGAAUGUGGCAUGCAGUAAAACGUCUAUAUUUAUGUUCGUAAUUAUAUAAGCUUAUUCAUUCAGCUUUAAUUUCCAACGGUGGAUCACUUCAGUGUGAAAUUUGCCCAACUGGCUGGCGAGUUAUGUUUGUUUAAGUGUUCGCAAUUGGAAAUUUAGAUCAAAGGUCUUAAUAGUUAACUUAGCAUAGCUUAUAUUCAGUUAUGCAGAUGUAUUUAUGUGAAAAUCCAAGUUGUGAUUGGUUGAACAAGUAAUAUAUGCUAACAACGACUUAAAGCAACUUAAAAUUAUUUAAAGCGACCUAAGUGAAACAUAAAAUAAUAGGCAGACUAUUUGCACACAUGUAAUUAGAGUGAUCUCCUUCUUUAUGACACGAUAACAGGUUGUUGAUUACUCCUGCCUCGCGUUUUGUAAAUUGACACUCGAUAAGGAUUUGACCGGCAACCAAUAAGUUAUCAGUUUUGACCGAUCGAUUUUGUCGACCAUGCCAUAUCGACCACGCAUACAGCAUGCAAUUCCUAUGGUAAAGAGUAAACUGCCUUGUGGCGACAGUGCGUUCGGGAUUUUCAAAACAACUUGUUAUGAUCAACUGGAAUAAUAUAACUAACUCCCUUGCCUGCCAUGGUUUAGUUCUUCGGGGAAACCGCUACAGUCACAUACAUACUCUAGAACUCCUCGACAGUUCACGCCAAACGACAUGAAACUUGGUUUAAUUGAGGUUGUAUAUUGUAAGCAAAUAUACCCAUCACAUAUCAAAACACAGAACAAUUUGCAUGCUAUGUCCUAUGAAUAUGAUAUCUGAUAUAUAAUAUUCAUUGUCCUGUGGCUGUGUUGAUGAUAUUGAGUCAAUUUAUUUGUCCAUAAAAACAACAUUUCAGCAAUAUAUGUAUGAGAAUACUAUCUAAGCAAAAGACCAAACCCCUGUUUGUGUUGUGCCAAAACCCUGCACAUAUUAACAAAUGUCAUACAGUUAGAGAAGUAAAUCAAAUAGGAAACGAUCAAAGCAAUAAAAAUUUAAUGAUAAAAAUUCCUAAAUCAUGGAGAUAGCAUUGCAUGUAGUACUUAUAUGUAGAAACAAAUCGUUAACAACUCAUUAAAAGACGCGUGUGAGAUUUGCAAAGGCGAACAUAUUCAAAUAAUCAACAAUAAUUUCUAAACAAGUGUACAUGUAGAUGAGCUAAAAGAAGUAGGACGUUAAAAUGCGACCUCGUUAUGUUGUACGAAGAAACACAUAACAUUGUAGAGUCGCGGUCGUGGAAAAGAAUUGUGGGUGCAGGUUGCUGUCAAAGCAAUCAGCUGAUAAAAUGAUUGCCGGGAAACGAUGCCCUAAUGUACAUGUGUUCAUGCAGGAUGGCAUUCAAUCGGGCUUCAACAUUGCUCUCUUCCACGACUCGUCAAAAGCAGAAUUUAUACUUCAAUAAUAAUUGAUAUAUAGAUAAAGAAAAAUACGUUACAAAUUGCACAAUUUAUGUUAAGCAUAUAGUAUAAGGUUCACAAAGACCAUGUUGUGAUCCAUUUCGCCUUGAUUUAUUGCGUAUACGUUACACGAUAUUUUAAAACUGUAUGCAAAUAAUUCAGUGCUUACAACUGCAUUCAAACAAUUCUGUGAGCUAUAUUUUACAAUAGCUAUAGAAAUUCAAGACCAAGCACUGAUAAUUAUCAUAUGACCAACAUAACAUGCACGGCAAGAAGACCAGCAUCCAAUAAGAAUCACCAAUUUUGCGUAGGUUGAGUCACGAUAAUGAUAUUAAUGAGGCUUUACGUUCAUAUAUGUGCUUCCGUGCAGGUCAACUAUUAAUGAGACGACUCACAGAUCACAAAGAAACAAUAUAGCCUAAACAAAUCAAAGCCAAUUAUGGUGUAAUAUUAUAGUAGAGGGAAUAAUCUGAUUUCAGUAAGAAGAUGUCGACGUUUCCCUAUAAUUAUACUGUAUUGCAGGUGGCUUAUCUGACUUAAGUCUCAAUUCUGGUUUCAAUCGUUAAAUGUUAUCAGAACCCCGAUUUUUAAGCAAUGUUUGCACGAUAUAGGUAUACAUGCAUGACUCAUGGGUAUACCAAAAUCUGAUUACGAAAAUAUAGCGAAUAUAUAGUGGCAUAGUAAAAUAGAUAAUAUAAUAUAAAAGCGUCAAUAUAGAAUUGUCAAUUUAAAAUAGUCAAUAUUAAAACCGUGGGAAGAAAUAAUUGUAUAACCAGACACAGUACUGAAAUGUGGUGCCCAACAAAUAAAACUACAAGUAAAGUUAUAUCAGCUAGUACGCUAUACAUUCUCCUGUCUCCUCGCGGCCGCCAGCUAAUCCGUAUAUGCUAUAGAAUUAAAACUGCGCUUUAAAACUUUCAAAAUAAAAUAUUUUGGGCUCGAAGUACUAUCAAAAUAAAUAGAAAAGUAAGAAGAAUCGACUGGUAUACGGCCAGAAACGAGGAAACCAACUACAGUAUACCAAUAGUUAUACGGGAAUCACUGAGUAUUUUUAUAAAAUACAAAAGAACAGUAACGCCGAAUAACAUUUUGUAGCUUUAAUGAAUCUACGUUUCGACUAUAUCUGUCCUGACGAUGACUAAAAUAUAGUCCAAACGUAGCUAGAUUCAUUAAAGCUAGAAAAUUUUAUUCAGAGUUAAUGUUCUUUUAUAUUUUAAACUAUACCAAAUAUAAUUUUGAGCGAUUUGUCGACAAUACGAUUUCGCUUGACUUUCAAAGGCUAUUAAUGGCUAUAGAACAAUGCUAUAUUUAGUAAUACAUUUGACAGCCAUAAGUACAAUUUUUUUCGAGAUAACGCGCAGCGAAAAGUCAACCAUCAAUCGUCACCGCAAUAUCAAAUCACAGAAUAAAGACGCACACCGCUCACAUCUAGAAAGUACACUCAGCCAAAAAAGCGUAACUUUGAUCCUUGGUUAAAUUUUAGAAGCGUUAUAACAUUUUGAGUCAUUUGGUCUUCAUAUCUUUUAAAUUUGCUCUCAUUGGAUGUUUUAUUAAUUUGCUUUCAAAAACUAAAAAAUCGAGUCACGUUGUCAAAUUGCGUCCGGUGUGUCCGGAUCAUUACACAGGUGCUCUCCUCAGAUUUCGUAUGAAAAUAUCGUUGUAUUCACUUAAAUUACACAAGAAAUAAAAUAUCACUGCAACAAAAUAAAUUGACAAAAAGUAAAUAUUAAUUAAUCACUGUACGUAACUCAGAUCGAGUUAGUAGUAUGAAUUUAAAAUAUCGCUGUAAAAAAAUAAAUUUGAAAAGUAACGCAGAGCUUGGAGCGCGGGAACAGAGGUGAAUGAGGUCAUAGGAAUUUUCUUCUCCGUUCUUUUGGUUCUUUCCGCUGAGCUACACUGCAUGGUUUUUUCGCUCCUCUCCUCACCCUAGGACUGCACCCACGCUCCAAGCUGUCAAAUCUGGCUCCAUAUUUUCAGCACUUCAUGUGCUAAUUCAAAUUAUAUAAGUAUAUUUAAUUAUAAUACUGCAGUCAGUUGCAAAUCUAGCAAUAGCAAUAGGUCAUGCAAUGCAAGUUUUUAAUGAUUUUCAUUAUUAAAAAAACCCGCAGGUUUAUUAGCAUAGCGUGACCAGUUGCCAUGGCUAGUUUGCCACCGAAUAAAUUUUUUCGCUUUGGGCAAAGGAUAUACAUGACCUUAUACUAUAUUGUUUUGUUUCGCUCAGGAAACAAAACUUAGAAACUAUAAGCUGUUUAUCACCGCAUGUUUAUCGCCCGCAAACAUACUGAGAGAGCACAUGUAGCAGAUAUGGUUUGUGGGUUACCCUCCCCCCAUACCUCGAUCGCAGCCCAUUUCCUUAGCUAUGGAAAUGUGGGGGAAAUACCUUCGCUUGUGCUUUGCCACUUAGUAAGCUUUUAAGUCAAGGGUAGUUGUCCACUUUUCCUAUGAGAAAAAAGCAAGACAAACUAUUAUUAGUUUCUCAUCCAAUUUUUAUCCAAAUUUACUGAUCCAAAAUUUAGCAUAACAUUUAACAAAGAAAUAGCAAUCACUGCGUCUGUACUCACAAUUAAAUGCUGGGUUUUUUAUUGGACAGCUUAAAAUUGAGAUAUAAUACUAUAGCUAGUAACUCAGUUUUCAUCUUUAGAAUUGUGGCUAUUUAUCGCAGCAUGCUUGCUGUCAAUUUCUGUUGAUUAUGGCAGAUAUCUUGGUACGUAGCAGCCUGUAGGGAAGUAUAAAUAUUUAACAUUUUUAUUAAAUUGAUUAAUUAAACUUUUGAGUGGCAAUGUACCCAGAUGCGCCCCGCUUUAUUAUUUUACUCUGUCUAAAGCCAAGUAAUUUUACACGUCAUGGGGAGAGUGCUGUCACUCAAUGGAUUAAAAAGCUGCUAUGAAUCCCAUCGUUAUAGUGUAGGAGUCGUAAGUAAAAUCGUGUCAAGGCAUACAGUCAUCCUUGAACGAUAUUGAGAAACAUAUAAGGCUUUAAGGUGGCUCAAUACAGUUUUUAAAACAUGAAAAAUUCAAUAUUCAGAUCCAUAUCUUUGGGAAAUUAUUACUUGUUGAAAACCAAAAAGUAUCAUAUAAAAGAAGUGUGUAAAUUGAACAAGUCAUACAUAAUUAAUUAACACUGACGAAGAUCCGACCUUACGGAAAGAAAUCUUUGCAGUAAUCAAUUUACGUGGUGUUUCCACAAAUAAAAAGUAUUAUAAAAAAGUAUCUUACUGUUAUAAAAAAACAUUUACAGAGUUUGAAAUUUUCAAUAAAAGUUAGACAACCGCUGUUGCUAUGGCGACAAUAACGUUUCAAUAUCGCUGAUAUUUUAUCCUUCACGAGUUAAUUUACUUUAAGCCAUAUUGAUGGUCAUAUUGUUGCCUUUUCAUGGUAAGGGACUAAUAGAUAAAAAAGAUGGCAAAUUUGUAAUGUUUAAUUUAAGCUAAUGUUAAUAUAAUCUUUUGCAUGCAUAAUGCAAUUAAUUGGUAAGAAAGCUUUGUACAAAGCCUAGGUCACACCACACAACAAUAACGAUACGAUAACUUCUACAUCGGGCUGAUUUGCCAAAAAUUUAUCGUUAUCGUCCGACAGAAAAAAAAGGCGUAAGCGAUUAUAGAAUCGUUAUCGUCAAGCGAUUAUAUUUUUCGAUGUAGCGUGGAUACCAACACAAUAUUUUUGCCAAUAAUUGCGUGUUUACAGUUUAUCGUAUUGUUGCCGUUGUGUAGUGCGAUCGGGCCUUAUAUUUGACAUACUCUUCCCUUACUAAUCAUAAUAUUUACAACAGGUGGUUAUGGUGAUCAUCGUGCACGUCGUGAUGUUAAUCUUCAUGGUGGUGGUUAUGGUGAUGAUGGUGGUUAUGGUGGUGAUGAUCGUGGUUAUGGUGGUGAUAAUGGUGGUUAUGGUGGUGAUGAUGGUGGUUAUGGUGGUGAUGAUGGUGGCUAUGGUGGUGAUGAUGGUGGCUAUGGUGGUGAUGAUGGUGGUUAUGGUGGUAAUGAUGGUGGUUAUGGUGAUGGUCAUGGGAAUUGAACGGACUUGUCGAACAGUUACGUAACCGGAAGUAAAUUAAUGGAACUAUACUAUAAAUUUAGGAGCUAGUCUUCGCUUUCCGAGUAAACGGAAGUGAAGUACAUGGGUUUUUGAAAGAUAUUUUGACGUUUGUCUUGUAAAUAAAAGGAAAUAUAAAACAAUGGGUUCAGUGUGUUAGUCGAAUAAUAUAUUGAGUGCAUCGAGACG